UCACGCGUUGACCAUACAUUGUAAUAUUCGGUGAGUGCCACUAAAAAAAUAUCCACACUCAUCUAGUGCGUGAGACGCAUGCGGAUGGGAUGAAGCAAAGCGAAAGGGAAGCGCGCAACUAGAACAUAGAGUCAAUGGGUACUACGUGUUUGUGUUUGUGUCCGUAUUCUAACGACGGAGUGGCGAAAUAUAUGCGCGCUAUAUCGUUCGUUCGUAUGGAGUUGCCCGCUUCUCUUUUGCUUUGCUUCAUCUCAUCCGCGUGCGUCUCACUCACUAAAUGAGUGACCAUGCGUCUCACGCACUAGAUGAGUGUGGAUAUUUUUUUAAGUGGCACUCACCGAAUAUUACAAUUUAUGGCGUUGACGCAAUGCAAGUAAUAAAUCGAUAAAAGCCGUUUAAAAUUGAUGUUCAUCAAUUCUAAGUGCAGUGAUACAAAGUAGAGGAAGUUUUUUUGUAUUUCGAGGUUAGCCAUGGUUAAAAAUAUUGUAAUUCUGGGUUUUUUGUGCCUUUUGGCAUGUUUUGUUGACUCAAGACCGUCGGAAGAUAAGCCGAAGCCUUUCAAAUGGGGUCUUGUGACUGCUGGUAACGUUUCACACGACUUUGCCAAUGCGCUCGGAACACUGGACCCAGAAGUACAUCAAGUUGUAGCUGUCGCCGGUCGAGAUUUGGAGCGAGUAAAACAAUUUGCACAAAAAUUCGAGAUUCCAAAAGCUUACGGAAGUUAUUUAGAAUUGGCACAAGAUCCGGAUGUGGAUGUAGCAUACAUUGGCACAAUAAAUCCACAACAUGUAGAAUUAACUCAACUGAUGCUGGAUCAUGGGAAACAUGUGCUAUUGGAAAAACCAUUGACGAUGAAUGAAAAACAAGCACAAAAACUGAUCGCGUAUGCCAAAGAGAAGGGACUAUUUCUAAUGGAAGCACUUUGGUCACGUUACCUUCCAAGCUUCCAGUAUGUUCGUGAACAAGUCCAACGUGGAGCGCUCGGUGAAAUUUUGUCAGUUGAAGCCGAAUUGGGGUUGGAUAACAUGCAAUUCGUUGAACGGGCUAUAAAAAAAGAAUUUGGAGGUGGAACUGUGCUAGACAUUGGAGUUUAUCCAAUUCAACUCUGCCAAUGGAUAUUCCAACAAGCUCCAACAUCGAUCAAAGCAGCUGGUAAACUGAACGACGAUGGGGUCGAUCUCGAAAUGUCUGCGGUGAUUAAUUACGGUGAUAAUAAAGUGUGCAAAAUUAGAACUAGCUUCACAACUACAUACAAAAAUGGAGCCACAAUUGUUGGAUCAAAAGGCCAGAUUACGAUGCCUUUAUUUUGGAUCACAACGUCGAUCAUUGAUGUUGAUGGAACGAAAAAAACUUGGCCUUUACCCAAGCCCAAAUAUGAUACCAACUUCAUGAAUAGCGCUGGCUUUAGAUACGAAGCCGAAGCAGUACGACAAAGUAUUAGUGAAGGAAAAUUAGAAAACGAAGUGGCCAGUCAUGCAGAGAGCUUACAACUUGCACGCAUUGAAGACGAAAUCCGAAGACAAAUCGGCGUUAGAUAUCCACAGGAUGAUUAAACAAAGCAUUAUAAUUGACAAAGAACUAAUAACUGAGAUUGUUAUUAAUAAUUUAUAAUUCCAUUGUUACAAUUGACAAAUAUUGAUUUUGAAGA